AUGUCAUCCUCCUCCUCCUUCUCCUCGGCCCCCUCGGUCAACAAGAAAUCAUCGUCCAUCAAGCGCAUCCUAUCCGAAGCGCGAGAGAUGUGCAGCGAUGCGUCGACCGAGUACACUGCGGCGCCAUUGGAGGACAAUCUGUUCGAGUGGCACUUUACAUUGAGGGGAGCGCGAGGCACAGAGUUCGAGCAAGGCAUCUAUCACGGACGAAUCAUUCUUCCGGUAGAGUAUCCCUUCAGACCUCCAAGCGUCAUCCUGCUCACACCCAAUGGUCGCUGGGAGACGGGCAAAAAGAUCUGCUUGACGUUUACAGGUUUCCACGAAGAGUGUUGGGCGCCUGCUUGGGGCAUCAGAACUGCCUUGUUGGGCGUGCAAGCAUUCAUGAAUGCCAAGAAGGAGGCGGCGGUGGGUGUGGGCGCGUUGGAUGUGGAUGGUCAAGAGAGGGAGAGAAUGGCAAAGGCUUCGAGGGAUUGGACUUGUCACGUCUGCGCAAAGAAGAAUGCGGAGCUGCUGCCAGAG